AUGGAUUUUACCCAACCUGAAUUCUAUGGUAUGAUCUACGAUCGAGCGUUCGAGAUUUCCGCGGCAGGCCAGUAUCAGGCUCUGUCAGAUGAGCGGCGUGCCUAUGUUAAUCAGCUGAUUCAUGAUCGACGGCAUCAAGACCCCUCUGGCGAGUGGAGUUGUGCCUAUGCGAAAGAACACAGAAGGUUUGUCAAUGACCGUGAUACUCUUGAGCAUGACGAUGAUGCUAUUGCAAUGACAGUCAUACUCAUGCAAAGGCCCUGGACUCCCAAAGCCUACCCGAGAACCUCGAUGGGUGAUUUGGUUGACCUUCGAAUACCCCCAUACCUCAAUGGCCAGGGGCACUAUCCGGGCACACACUUCCUCACAACUAUGCUAUGA